CAACGACCUCCAGGCUGUCAUUUGCCUUACAUUCAGGCGCAGGCCGCUACAGGAUUAUCGUGCAGGAGCACCAGACUUUCUGACCCACGCUCGUUGUCUUGUCUCCCCCUUUGCUUUCUCACUCAUCGCCCUUAUUCACUGACUAAUUCAUCUGCGCAUAAUUCCCCCGACUGUCGGAGAUCUCGAUUCUUCGCUCGUCUUCAUCCGGCCACCACCAUCACCACCAGCACCGCCUGACCCGACGCUAUAGCCCCCACUUCGCCACUGACACCCUUGUCAUCCGCAACUGCCAUGGCAAGCUUCAUACGCGAUGUGCUGGCGAAGACCCCGCUCAGUGCGUCGUUCGCCCGCGCGCAGAUCGAGCUGCCGUCGGGAUCGAACGAGCCGCUCAUGAAUAACGCGGACAAGGAGCUCGCGCUGGGUGACGCGACGGAGAAGAGCGAAUUCAGGAUAGAGGGGAUGACAUGCAGUGCAUGUGUUGAGUCCAUCGAGGGCAUGUUACGACAACAGGACGGUAUACGCUCGGUCAAGGUCGCACUGCUGGCAGAGCGCGGCGUCGUGGAGUACGACCCCGCGGUAUGGAAUCCAGAGAAGAUCGCUGAGGAAAUAUCAGACAUUGGUUUCGACGCCACCCACAUUCCCCCAAGCAGCGCAGACAAGAUCAUCCUCCGAAUAUAUGGCAUGACCUGCUCCUCAUGCACCAGCUCUAUCGAGAAGGGGCUCACCGCGAUGCCAGGCGUUCGCUCGGUCGCCGUCUCCCUCGCCACGGAAACUUGUGACAUAGAAUUCGACCCCGGCCUGGUCAAGCCCCGCGAGCUCGUCGAUGCUAUCGAGGACAUGGGCUUUGACGCAGUUCUCUCCGACGAGAAUGACGCGACGCAGCUGAAGUCCCUCACCCGUGCGAAGGAGGUCCUCGAAUGGCGUGGCCGGUUCCUCCUCGCGCUCUCCUUUGCCAUCCCUGUAUUUCUCCUUUCUAUGGUCCUCCCGAAGUUCCCCUUCUUCAAGCACUUCUUGGGUCACCGGAUGUGCACCGGGCUCUACCUCGGUGAUCUGCUUGUCCUUGCGCUCACCACCCCUGCGCAGUUCUGGGUCGGCUCUCGCUUCUAUCGCAAUGCGUGGAAAGCGCUCAAGCACGGCUCCGCGACCAUGGACGUGCUCGUCGUCAUUGGCACCUCUGCGGCUUACUUCUACUCGGUCGGCGCGAUGUUCUUCGCGAUCUUCAACGAGGAUCCGGAGUUUCGCCCUAUGGUCUUCUUCGACACAACGACGAUGCUCAUGACCUUCGUCUCGUUUGGCCGGUACCUGGAGAACAAGGCCAAAGGGAAGACGAGUGCAGCCCUGACUGACCUCAUGGCCCUGGCGCCUUCAAUGGCGACUAUCUACACGGACGCGCCGGCGUGCACGCAGGAAAAGCGGAUAGCCACGGAGCUUGUCCAGGUCGGCGACACAGUCAAGCUUGUACCCGGUGACAAGAUCCCUGCGGAUGGCACUGUACUUCGUGGCACGUCUACCGUGGACGAGAGCGCGCUUACGGGUGAGGCGAUGCCCGUCACAAAACACCCGGGGGACGCCGUCAUUGGUGGCACCGUUAACGGACUGGGCACAUUCGACAUGAUUGUGACGCGCGCUGGCAAGGACACUGCGCUCAAGCAGAUCGUCCGCCUGGUCGAAGAAGCGCAAACCAACAAAGCGCCCAUCCAAGCCUUUGCCGACCGCGUCGCUGGGUAUUUCGUGCCCGCUGUCAUCUCACUCGCGCUCCUUACUUUCAUCAUGUGGCUCGUCGCCUCUCAUAUCAUUCCCGAGGAUCACCUACCGAUGAUGUUCCACCGCCAUGGCGCGAGCAAGUUCGCUACUUGCUUGCAGAUGUGCAUCUCGGUCGUCGUCGUUGCUUGCCCGUGCGCGCUUGGUCUCAGCACCCCAACAGCUAUCAUGGUCGGCACUGGUAUGGGCGCAAAGAACGGCAUUCUGAUCAAGGGUGGUCGCGCGCUCGAGGCCAGUCGCAGCAUCAAGCGUGUUGUGCUGGACAAGACGGGCACGGUCACCGCAGGCAAGCUCAGCGUUGCUGGUCUCUGUUGGGUGCCCGCCACCGCUUCAACCGAGGAGCCGUUCGGCGAUGCGAGCUUGGAAGGCAUGUGCGCGGAUGGAGUGACGCCUCGUCGGACCGCGCUGGCGAUGGUCAGCGCGACGGAGGCCAAGUCUGAGCACCCGCUCGCGCGCGCCAUCGCUGGACACGGCCGCGAGCUGCUCCAGGGCGCGUCCAUCCCCAGCACUGAGGUCCUCAGCUUCGAGAGCGUCACCGGCGCAGGUGUGCGCGCGACCAUCGCAUGCUCCGGCGGCAAGGCCACCCUCGUUGUCGGCAACGCGCAGCUCCUCAACCAGGACGGCGCUUACCUUCCCGCCUCGCUUUCUGCCUUCAAUGAUCGCGAGUCCGAACUCGGGCGCACCGUCGUCUACGUCGCACUCAAGCGGUCGACUGUCAGCAGCGCAGUGCCCAUCCUCGGUGUCUCACUGGCGGACGCGCCGAAGCCAUCGAGCAAACAUGCCAUCAAGGCGCUGAGGGAUAUGGAAAUCGAGGUGGAUAUGAUGACGGGCGAUUCGCAAGCGACGGCGUUGGCGGUGGCGAAGCAGGUCGGUAUCCGGCCGGAAGGCGUUAUGGCGGGCAUGAGCCCGCAGGGCAAAGCGACGAAGGUGACUGAGCUGAUGGAGCAGCAGAAGGGUGGUGUGGCAAUGGUCGGGGAUGGUAUCAACGACUCGCCCGCACUCGUGGCUGCCACCGUGGGCAUUGCCUUGUCAUCUGGUACCUCUGUCGCUAUCGAGGCGGCUGAUAUUGUCCUCGUCCGGAGCGACCUCCUCGACGUUGUCGCCGCCCUCUACCUCUCUCGCAAGAUAUACUCCGUCAUCAAGCGCAAUCUCGUCUGGGCAUGCGUGUACAACAUCGUCGGCAUCCCCUUCGCCAUGGGUGUCUUCCUUCCUCUCGGUCUUUACAUGCAUCCCAUGCUCGCAGGUGCCGCCAUGGCAUUUUCGAGCGUCAGCGUCGUGACGAGCUCACUGACCCUCAAGUGGUGGAGACGACCUAAGGCGAGCAUCAUGCCAGGCGAGCAAUUGCCAGCGUCAGAGCAAGCCGGAUGGUCGACGGUGCUGCUGGAGAGCGCAAGAGGCGUCCUCUCGGAUAUCUGGGAUGGGGUUCGCGGGCUCGUCAGGGGACGACCAGCAGAGGAGCUUGGGUAUAGCCAGCUACCUGUGGAGAUGGCGUCGACGACGAACGUGAGCAGGGUAUGAUAGAUGUUUCUCGGACGUUGUCGAUGCAUGUAUUCCUAGCGUGUGCGUAUUUAUUGAUCUUUAAGGACCCCCUA